AUGAAUCCUUUGACAAUUGUAAAAAACAUCCAGAAGCUUAAUGAUAGAGAACUUGAACUUGGAAUUAUAGGCAAAAAGUCCUGGCAUGAUGAGUACAAAGACAGUGCCUGGGUUUACAUUGGCGGUUUGCCAUUUGACCUGACAGAAGGAGAUGUGAUUUGUGUUUUUUCUCAGUACGGAGAAGUUGUCAAUUUAAAUCUCAUCAGAGAUCAUAAAACUGGGAAGAUUAAGGGAUAUGGAUUCCUCUGUUAUGAAGAUCAGCGCAGCACGGUUCUUGCUGUUGAUAAUUUGAAUGGAAUUAAGAUUCUGGGCAGAACAAUCCGAGUUGAUCAUGUUAAGGAUUACAAAAUACCCAAAGAAUUUGGAGACGAGGAUGCUGUCACUCUGAAAAUUCGUAAUGAAGGGUGUGCUCCGCAGCUAGACUUACCAGGUGAGGCUGAGGUAAAAGAAGAGACAAGUGAUGAGGAAAAUGCUAGAAAAAGUAAGAAGCAGAAGAAGAAAAAGAAGAAGAAGAAGCAGAGGAAGAUGGAUGUCUCGUCAGCAAGCAGUCUGAGUGACUCGGAUGAUAAUGAUUUCAAAGAAAGUCCUCACUCAGUCGAAGUCAAGAAAGAGAGGUUUGAUGAAGGAUAUAACAAAGCUUUAAAGAAGGAAAGUGUGUUCAAAUCAGACAGCAGUGAUUCAGAUCACAGUAGCAGGGAUAAAACAUAUAGAAAUGGCAGAGAUAGAUAUAAAUAUAGAGACAGCACUGACACUAGGGACAAGAAUGACAGUAGCAGGGACAGGAGUGACAGCCGUAGAGACAGGAAUAACAGUAGUAGGGACAAGAAUAACAGUAGUAGGAAUAGAAGUGAUGGUAGUAGGGAUAGGAAUGACAGUAGUGGAGACAGGAAUGACAGUAGCAAGGAUAGAAAGGGUAGUAGCCGGGACAGAAAUGACAGUAGUAGGGACAGGAAUGAGGACAGCAGAGACAGGCAUGAUGGUGGUAGAGAUAGAAAUAAUAGGUCACGAGACUGGAAUGAAAGAAGGACAGAUAGGAAUGACAUCAGUGGGGACAGAGAACGCAGCAGUAGAGGAAGGAAUGAUAGUAGUCGUGACAGGAAUGACAGCAGAGGAGAAAGAGAUUCAAGUUACAGCCAGGACAGGUACACAAAUAAUGGGUUACAGAGCCAAGACAGUAGGUUUUAUUCCAGUAGUUCCAGCAGAGGUGGCAGCAGACAGUAUGACAACCACUCAACCAGGGGAAGGUUUAGUGAUAGAGGUGGGGACAGGUAUUAUGACCGGGGGAGGGGAAGGGGUGGCCGAGGUGUCAGGGGUAAUUUCCGAGGCCAGAACACGUUCUUUGAUGACCGAGAAAGAAGGUAUUAUUAG